AUGAAGCCACAGGAGCGUGAGAAAACAUCACUAAUGGGGCCUUGUCGGAAGCCCAUAGUUCCCAAGACGGGAGAGAGGGCGGCAGCCAGAGCGGGCUCCUGCCCUAUGCGGCAGCCCCUGCUGCUGGGGCUGUGGGUGGCUGAGGUCCCAGUCAGGGCCAAGCCCAGUCACAUGACCUCAGCUCAGGGGUUUGAGACUCAGCACAUGCAGCCCAGGCCCCAGGGUUGCAACACGGCAAUGGGCAAUGUCAACAAGUCUACAACGCAUUGUAAAGGCCCCAGCACCUUCCUGCAUGAAUCCUUCUCCCGCGUGGCCACCACCUGUCAGACCCCCACCGUAGCCUGCAAGAAUGCCCAGGAGAACUGCCACCUAGGCCAAGGUGUCCAGACUGCUGUAUAAAGAGAAGCAGCUGGCCACUCCCUACACCAUGGUCUAUGUCCCUCCACAGCAGAAAGAUGGCCCGGUUCCAGCUGGUAUCAAGAGUCCCCGUGCACUUGGCAAAACUAUCAAAAGCCGGGUGUCCCCC